CACAGUCGAAAAGACAGGUGAGCACCAUUCCCCUUCGGCUUCUAAUUUUUAGUUUCCUUUCCUGGGAAGCAAACUGGACUAAGGGUUUUCGUUACUCGUCACCCUGCUGAAUGUUCGUCGAAUUUACGUUGUUCUUUCAGCAUUUUUUUCGGUGCGUGAGAGAGAUUGAUGGCUGGGAAGGAAGAGAACCGGAUGUUUGUUGGAGGGUUGUCGUGGAACGUCACGGAACGACAGCUCCACCAUGCUUUCGACCGAUUUGGCAAAAUUGUCGAAUGUAAGAUCAUGAUGGAAAGAGAUACAGGCCGUCCACGUGGAUUUGGGUUCAUUACAUAUGCAGAUCGUCGGGGAAUGGAAAAUGCAAUUCGGGAGAUGCAUGGACAGGAGUUUGGUGAUCGGAUCAUCUCAGUGAACAAGGCCCAACACAAAAGGGGAGAAGAUUUGGACCAUGGCUCUAGGGGAGGAGACUACUCAUCUGGUGGAAAGGGAAGGAAUGGAGGAGGAGAUUGGUCUGGUGGGCACGAUGACUGUUUCAAGUGUGGGCACUCAGGGCAUUGGGCUCGGGAUUGCCCCUUAGUUGAUGGAGAAGAUUUAGACUAUUGCUGUAAGGGAGGAGGCUACUCGUUUGGUGGAAGCAGAAGCUAUGGGGGAGGAGAUAGGUCUGUUGGGAAAGAUGACUGUUUCAAGUGUGGGCGCCCAGGGCAUUGGGCCCGUGACUGCCCCUUAGCAGAUGGAGAAGAUUUAGACUAUUCCUAUAGGGAAGGAGGCUACUCGUCUGGUGGAAGGGGAAGCUAUGGGGGUGGAGAUAGGUUUGCUGGGAAAGAUGAUUGUUUCAAGUGUGGGCGCCCAGGGCACUGGGCUCGAGAUUGCCCCUUAGCAGUUGGUGAUCGAGGUGGUGGUGGGAGUUUAUUUUCUUCCCGUUCUAGGUUUGGAGGGGGUGGUGUCCGUGGGGAUCGCUACAAAGAUGAUCAUUAUGAUGGAGGUUGCUAUGGAGAUAAGGAUCAUUUUGGCAGCAGAGAGGACAAAUAUGGGAGCCGUGAUCAUCGCCAUGUUGGUGACAGGCAGGAGGAUCUAUUGGGUGAUUUCAACCUUCAAGACAAAGAGAUGCUUCGUCUUAUGCAAGAAGAAAUGCGCAUUAAGCAAGAAAAGCUUCGAUUGGAACAAGUGAAAGAGGAAGAAAGAAUUAUGAUGACGGACACAAGGGGCAUGUCUCAAAUGCAACAAAAAUAUUAUCAGCGACGCAAAAAGGAAAUCCUUCAAGGUCGAAGUAGGAGUAACUAGUUAGUCAGUGAUAUACUUUGUCGGAUACUGUGCAAGAGAAAAUGCUGCCCGGAGCCAUUCUAAAGUUCGAAGAGGCCUAUUUAUUUGUAUUCAGGAGCCUCUACUUGAAGCCCAAAAAAGAAAAAGGAACCUCUAUUUAUGUUCUAAUAUUUGUUUUAGUUGAACGAAACAGUAAGGGUUAAUUAUGCCUUGCCCCCAUUAACUACUAAUACAUUUGAACUUUCACCUCUCAA